ACUAUCAGGUGCUGAUCAAAGACGUGACGUCACACCGACUCCUGCUGCACUUCCUGGUUUUUUCGGUUUGCUCCGAGGAGCCGUGUGUACUAGCGAGGAGGGGAACCGAAACACAGAGUGCUGACCAGAAGAAUAAAUGGAAAUAGUAGGCGAAGUGUAUGGGAAAGAAAAUGUGAUGUGCAACUAAGCAGCGAGUCUGAAAUUAAUGAGCCACUUUCGGAAGCAGGCGGCACAAUUGCAGUCGCUCUUUGCGGAUUCCGACAGCACGAACCCAAGCCGGUGAAGAAGGGAGAUGUUGUAAAAAACAGCGAAAACAUGGACAGCAGAAUCAAGGAGAAUCCAGAAAGAACCUUCGAUCUUCUGCUGCAGGUGGGGUGUCCAUCAUCUGAAAAUGAAGAUCCAGUGGUGUUGUGGAAGUUCCCGAAGGAGUUCGAAGACCAGGACUUACUGCAAAUGGUACCAAAGUUCUGCUGCCCUUUUGACUUUGAAAGGGUGUCACAAAACCAGGUUGGACAGCACUUCACAUUUGUGCUUACUGACCUUGACAGCAAACAGAGGUUUGGGUUUUGCCGUUUAACAUCUGGAUGCAAGGUCUGUCUUUGCAUUCUCAGUUAUCUACCAUGGUUUGAAAUUUAUUAUAAGCUCCUAAAUACGAUGGCUGACUACUUAGCAAAAGAACAGGAAAAUGACUUGAAUGAUAUGUUAAAAUCAUUGUACAGCCAUCCAGUACCAAUGCCAAACACUCCCGUCAAUCUCAGUGUGUACUCAUUUUUCAUAGCACCAGAAGUAAACGGACUCCCAACAAUACCAGAAAGUAGAAAUCUUACAGAGUACUUUGUUGCUGUGGAUAUUAACAACAUGUUGCAACUUUAUGCAAGUAUGCUACAUGAACGACGCAUCAUUAUUACCUCAAGCAAGCUUAGCACUUUAACUGCAUGUGUCCACGGUUCUACUUCAAUGCUGUGUCCAAUGUUCUGGCAACAUAUAUACAUCCCAGUACUCCCACCACAUCUUUUGGACUACUGCUGUGCACCAAUGCCAUAUGUAAUUGGAGUCCAUUUAAGUCUAAUUGAGAGGGUUAAAAACAGAGCCCUGGAAGAUGUUGUCAUCUUAAAUGUUGAUACAAAUACAUUGGAAACACCAUUUGAGGACCUGCAGAACCUGCCCAGUGACGUUGUCUCUUCUUUGAAGAGUAAACUGAAGAAGCAGUCUACAGCGACAGGCAGUGGAGUGGCUAGAGCCUUCCUCAGGGCCCAAGCAGCCUUUUUUGGAACCUACAGGGAUGCUUUAAGAUACAAGCCUGGACAGCCUAUUACAUUUUGUGAAGAAAGUUUUGUAAAUCAUCGGUCCAGCACAAUGAAGGCGUUCCUUGAAAAGGCUGUCAAUCUUCAGCUUUUCAAACAGUUUAUUGAUGGCCGACUUGCAAAGUUAAAUGCUGGAAGGGGUUUCACAGAUGUGUUUGAAGAGGAAAUCAAUGAGGGGGGAUUUUGUGGAGCAAAUAAUAAAUCUUAUCAACAGUGGCUCCAUACGGUUAAGAAAGGAGGUGCAUUGAUUAACACAGCGGUUACCAAAGCAAGUCCAGCUGUAAAAACGGCAUACAAAUUUGCAAAAAACCAUGCAAAACAAGGAAUAAAAGAAAUGAAGAGCAUGUUAAAGCAGAGGGAAGCAGAUGAUGAGGAUAUGUUUUAUGGCGAUUCACCGACAAGUAUAAAGAGCCUCUCACCUAAGAGACAGCAAAAACAUAAAAAGCACCAUGUGCAAAACGCAAGUCUGGGUUGCUCUGACUUUGCUGUAUGUGAUGAUGAGGAUGAAGAACUGGACACUGGCAGCAAGUUGUCUUCUGAAGAUAGUGGUGAAGUCUCUAUAUACAUUGAUGGCAGUGAUGAUUCAUUUGAUUUGGAAUCAAAUGCACAGUAUACUGGUGAAAUGGACCUACUGGGAGAGAUAUUAGAUACCUUGAGUACACAUAGUUCAGACCAAGGCAGACUUUCAGGAGCCAAGAGCUUAGAUUUCUUCAGGUCAAUGGACGAUAUUGAUUAUAAAUCUGUGAACAAAUCAAAUACUCCAAGUGAGAGUAAUCUUGCACAGAUGAGUUCUAGCAGCAGUGAGCAGACAGGAUGGAAUCUUGGACAGGAUGACAGCAUAAUUCAUGGAAGGCUUCUUCCACCAUCACCACGUAGGCAAAGUUACAAAGGCCUUAAAGAUCUCUCACCUUCCGUCAAGGAAGACUGUAGUCUAAAUCCGCAGUCUUCAUACAGAAGUGACUCACCAAGAAAUGAUAUAGCACGAGCUGCCACUAAGGGGAAAAAGUUAAGAUCUGGCAGAUGUCUCUUCAGGUGUCUUCUGUUGGAGUUUUGUGCUAGGUUGUCUUCUGAAGAUAGUGGUGAAGUCUCUAUAUACAUUGAUGGCAGUGAUGAUUCAUUUGAUUUGGAAUCAAAUGCACAGUAUACUGGUGAAAUGGACCUACUGGGAGAGAUAUUAGAUACCUUGAGUACACAUAGUUCAGACCAAGGCAGACUUUCAGGAGCCAAGAGCUUAGAUUUCUUCAGGUCAAUGGACGAUAUUGAUUAUAAAUCUGUGAACAAAUCAAAUACUCCAAGUGAGAGUAAUCUUGCACAGAUGAGUUCUAGCAGCAGUGAGCAGACAGGAUGGAAUCUUGGACAGGAUGACAGCAUAAUUCAUGGAAGGCUUCUUCCACCAUCACCACGUAGGCAAAGUUACAAAGGCCUUAAAGAUCUCUCACCUUCCGUCAAGGAAGACUAUAGUCUAAAUCUGCAGUCUUCAUACAGAAGUGACUCACCAAGAAAUGAUAUAGCACGAGCUGCCCGUAGAGAAAAGCGGCCAAAAGAAACACUAAAAUACUCUUUGGGGAGUGUUUUGCCAAAAGAUGAUCCUGAAGCAAAUGUACUGGAGACAUCAAUUAGCGUUCCAUGGGAAAAGAUCAACUUUGAUGAAGGUCUGCAGAAAGACAGUGAAGAGAAAGGUCUACUUGAGGAGAUUGAUUCCACCUAUCGUCAAAGUUCAUAUAUAUAGUUCAAGGCUAAGAAUUUCAGAGCCUAGCAAUUGUGCUGCUGAGAAGCCUUGAUGAUCACGCGUUGUAUGCCACAAAGAUUUACUUUUUAAGGGAAAGUUCUCCUAAAUGCUCAAAAAUGCUGCCAAAUUACGUUUUCUUGUUUUCCUCUUUUUGAUCCCCUUUUAAUUAAACAAAUAAUAGUCACUAGCACUGUUUAUGACCACCUUUUACUAAGCUGAUUUUGACCCAUGUAGUGUCUGCAUAAAGAUUUUUAAGAAGGUUAACAAUUACAUUACAAUAUCUGUUAACAACCGGCUUGUACCCUCGUAAGGUUCAAGUGGCCAUCAGAUACAAUUUAGAGUAGAAGUGUAAUGCAAAAUCUUACAUGAUUUAAGUAAUAGAUCUUUUUAAAAAUGUCAAAAUUAGGUACAAUAAUUGGAUUUAUAUUAUUUAUUUGUAAAUAUUUUUAAUUUAAGAACAAUCCAGUACCAUCUUAACACGCUUUCGUUAUGCAAAUCUGUUAAAAAAAUGCAUUGCACUUUGAACGUGUAUAUGUUUUUUUUUUUUGUUUUUUUAGGUGUAUACUUUUUAAAAUAUAUAUUUUGAAUGAUAAAAACAUAUCACUAUUUUUAAAAUCUGCAUAGAUCAGAAAAGGUCUGGAAUUGUUAAGGAUGUUUUAAAUUGUAUUGUAGUUUUAAUUUGAAUACUAAAUAUGCAUUUUCUAAAUGUGAAAUUUAAACUGCCCUUCAGUAUUUCACUUUAUGCAAUUCUGUGUAAUGCCUUAAAAACCACAAGUCAUUAGUAUAAUUUGAUACUGUAUUUCUUAACAUUUUUUCCAUAAUAUAUUUUAAUUAAAUGUGGCAGAACUUUUACAGAUACAAAGAUUUACUACUUACAUAUUAAAUUUACAUGGAAAAUAGCUUAAUGGGAAUUCAGUAGACAAUUCAAACACACAUAGAAGGGCACCUCAUGUAGUAAGCUACUGUUUCCAAAAAACGUGAAUCCCUGAAACAGGUCUGUUUCAAAAAUAUCAAUUGUCUAUUGCCUAUUGAUAUGCAAGGUUGGGCUUAAUUUGUGUAUAGACUAAGGGGAAAAAGUUAAGAUCUGGCAGAUGUCUCUUCAGGUGUCUUCUGUUGGAGUUUUGUGCUAGGUGAGUUAAUGUGCUGCUUAAGAAUUUCUUACGGAGUAGAUCACCACAGUAGGGCUCAUCCAUAAUAAAACAUCCAUGCACAAUAA